AUGCACGGCAGACAGGAGGGAGCACAUAGAAACGCGGUGGAACAGUUGAGGCCGCCGCAAGAUCCUGUCGUGAUACGCGACACUCCGCUCGAGGGUCGAAGAAACUGGACACAUGAACCAACCAACUUCACGGUGAGACUUGCGAGAUCGGGUGGACGGUCUUCAGAGUCGAGACAGCGAAUGGUCUUCUUCACUAAUUUCGAUGCUGUGGCCUUCGAUAUUGACUUCUUGAUCAAGCAUAUCAAGCCGGAUGAGCCCAACUUGCUGUCCACGCUCGGGGAGAAGAUCUGA